CGGAAACCCCUUUCCCUCUCUUACCGUCAAGCUUUCAAUGCAUGGAAGAUGAGAUUCACUUUUCUAACGUUCUUAUCACUCUUUGUGAUUAUCACUGCAGGAAAGCAGCAGUACAUGAGAAGAUGUAAACGUACCGCCACAUUUGCUGAUAUGAUAAAGAAGAAAGACAAUAAUGGUUGCUCCAAAAACGUGUGGCUCGGCAUGGACCGUGCAUCAAAGUGUCCCCAGCUCAACGGAGCCAUCGUCCCAGCGAUUCAGGCUAUAAACGCCACAACAAUCGUUGAAACUCCCGUACAACCAAGACUCUACGGACGGCGAGGAUUGUACAACGCCAAUUGUGAAUGGAUGGUCAUCGUGGUCCGCCGACGUGGUUGUGCUCUUUUGAGCACUGACGAAAUUGAGUUCGAAUGCCAGAAUAACGUGAUUUUCUAUCAAGGACAUGAGGUUACAGGAUAUGUGUGUGCUUUGAGUGUAUUCCCGGAUUAUGAAAUGGUUAUGUAACAUUUUUUGAAUAAAGAAUUGCGAUUAUU